UCUCUCAAAAUCAAAUUUCAGCGUAAUCGUUUCAAUCAGAUUUUCUUUUAUCACGACAAAUCAGAAUAUGUGGCGCAAAUAGUGUAAUCUAAAGAAUGAAGAGAAAGAAUAACUAGUUUUUAAAGUUUUAAUAUUUACUUGAGCGUCGAAUCAUGUCUUUCGGAGAUACUUUGAUUCAAGAGGACGGCUUUGGAUUUGUGGCAAGGUUACCUGGUACAGAAUUGGAAAAAUCGCGCGAAAUCGUUAGAAGGUACACUCUAACGAAUAAACACAAGGCGAUUGUUCGUCUGAUAUCCUGGGGUGCUAGUAUUCAGUCAAUCAAAGUUCCUAAUCGAGAUGGUAAACUGGCCGACGUUGUUUUAGGAUUCGAUAAUAUGGAUGGAUAUUUGAAGAACAGAUACAUGGGAAGCAUCAUUGACCGCGUUGCCAAUUGCAUUUCCGGUGGUACGAUGCAUCUCGACAACGUAAUUUAUCCUUUGUCGAUUAAUGACAGGGCUGGAAAGGAUCGUUUCAAUGGCGGUACGGUCGCGUUCGACAAUACUAAUUGGCAGUCGCAGAUAGUGAACAAUCGAGUGGUGAUGUCGCAUUUGAGCCAAAGGUAUAGCCAGGGAUAUCCCAGUGAUGUGUUAACGCAAAUUAAAUAUACCUGGACGGACGAUAAUCAACUUCACAUUAACAUUCGUGCCACCAGCACAAGUUCUACUCCCGUCAACAUCACUAAUUACUGUUUGUUCAAUCUCGCAGGACAUGGUACAGGUUCGAAGGAGUUGAAGAAACACAUCCUCACGGUCAACGCCGACAGUUGGAUCUUCAUGGACGUCAAAAAUAACUUGCCGAGUGUUAUAUGUCCGGUGGAUGGUACAGCGUGCGAACUACGUUUACCAGCACAGUUGAACCAACGUCGAUUGUAUGAUAUACCGGGUAGUGGUUACAACCACAAUUUAUGCGUCAAUAGUCCCAGCAGCUGGUGUUAUCGUUUCCAUGCUCGAAUUUUGCAUCCUACUUCCGGACGAUUUUUGGAGGUUUACUCGAAUAAUCCUGGAUUACAAGUCUAUACAGGAAACGAGUUACCACACCAACACAUUUAUCCUCCUGAUUUAGAAGAUCGUGAAUGGGGAAACCGCAAGAAUGUGCAAAUUAAUUCCUGGAAAUCGACGAAGGAAAUUGCAAAGGAGAAAGCAACGGAAGUUUAUGGCAAAGGAGGUGUUCCCUAUCGUCGUCAUGGCGGAUUUGUUUUAUCGCCCCAAAAUUAUCCUAAUGCUGAUAAUAUUGAACACUUUCCGUCCUGCAUGCUGCAUCCUGGAAAGAUGUAUACGCACGACAUGACGUACAAGUUUGGAGUGCUUUUCGAAGAUUAAAACAUUUUUGUAUUAUUUUAAUUUAUU